AUGGCAUCAAACCGAAAGUCGCUAGACGCUUCCAAAUAUUCUGGCAUCUCUGCAGCCGCUUUUGAGUACAACAAUUGUAUUAAUAAAAGUAGUCACGACUUUCAUCUGCCCAACCAGCUGCCGUUGGAGGACUAUCCUUUGUUUCCUUCGGAUUGGGACGAGAUAUCUACCUAUGAGACCAACCUCUACCCGACGUCCCUCCUCUGGGACUCGCCCAAACCAAAGAUUGAAUACCAACCCCCCCCAAACUUUUCAACCAUGAAUCCGCUCACAACUGCUCAGCAAGAGAAACUUCGAAGCGUGGCCAUGCCUCAUAGCUUCCAGUAUCGCGGUCAUCAUAGCCCUCACUCAACAGAGAGUUCCAAGAGUCAUUCAAUCUCCUCACCCGAGACUAAUGAAAGCAGUCGGAAACGGAAAACGUUAGCAGAAGCCGAAGACGAAGAAGAUGAGGACUCGAACCCCCUGGUAAAAAAAACGGCUCACAAUAUGAUUGAAAAGCGCUACCGGACUAACCUAAACGAUAAAAUCGCUGCAUUACGAGAUAGUGUACCCAGUCUCCGUAUUAUCUCAAAAAGUGCUCGAGGCGAGGAUACACUGGAUGAUAGAGAGGAGCUUCAAGGUCUUACACCUGCACAUAAACUAAAUAAGGCAACAGUCCUUAGUAAAGCGACGGAAUACAUCUGUCAUCUUGAGAAACGCAAUAAACGACUGCAACAAGAAAAUAAUGAACAGAAAGCGCGCUUAGAUGCAUUUGAACGACUAUUUCGCCAUGGAUCCAUGGACUUCCACCCGCCACAGACGGUUGACAAUCCAUUCCAAUUCACACCUGAAUAUAACAUGCCUGGAACUCCUCCUGUUACUGUACAGCAAGCUAUGAUUCAAGCACCUGAUGAAACUCGCCGGUCUCAAAGCCAAAACCAUCAAAAUCCUUAUCAGCAGCCACAAGAAAUUUAUGCUCAAAAUCAGCAGCCCAUGCUCUCCGCAGGAUGGAGUAGUCAUCCAUAUAUGGGAAAAUUGAUGGUGGGUACCUUGGCAGGAUUUAUGAUUAUGGAAGGUUUCAGUGAAGUAGAUCAAGAUGUCGAAUCGCCUGCUAGCCGAGGUCUCUUUGCUAUACCAACAAGUAUGCUAGGCUCACUGAGAUCUGCAUUCCAUUCCUUACUGGAAAUAAAUCUAUUUGGCUAUCAUGUGCCAGCUCUAGAGACUUUCUGGUAUUUAAAAAUAAUAAUGAUUUUAAGCGGGAUGCUUUACGCACUAUUACCUCUAUUCAUCUACUCAACACCUAAGUCUCAUCGCAGCAAAUUCAAAAGCGCUUUUCUCGCCGCUGCUCCGUCCUUAGCUUCACCAAUACAGGUACGGAGACAAGCAUGGCUCACGGCUAUACAAACUGUGUGGGUUCCGAGGCACAAUUUCUUUUUAGAGGCGGCAGCACUAUGUCUCAAAAUGGCUAAGCUCAGCACACGUAAUAUAGUUGGCUCACAGGGCUACACAUACUUAACUGGAAUUACUGAACAGCGAGAAGCAGCUAGAAUACAGGCAUGGACUAUUGCCCUCGAUGCCCAACUAGCCGGUGGUGAUGUCGAGGUCAACAAGAGUCGACUAACUCUGACUCUUUUGGCCUCCGAAACUCUUCCAGACACACCCGCACGACUCAUGUUAAAAGCCUUGCACAUUCGGGUCUUAUUGUGGGAGGUUGGAAAUGCCGGCUUUCAUGGAUACUACCUAUUCCAAGAGUUUGCUGCUAAACUUGCCAGGUGGAAAUGGAAUAAGGCUAAACAACUACAUCAGCUGUCAACGUAUCUUAAAGAAGAGCAACAAGACAGUCUUCCCGAUUACCUCGUUGCAUUAUUACAGCAAAAUUGUGAUGAUGUACUUGUCGAUAGUAUUGGUCAACGUGCAUACAACUUAGCCUGGAACUUCCCCACAACAAACAAUACUUGCAACGAGGCUGACUUUAUGGAUGCCGUCGUCGACGAUUUUGCGAUUCGAAGCCCCUUGGACGCUGUCGCAUCAUGGUUUUCUUGCCUCGUUCUUCAAAGAGCUCUUUCUAAAAGUCUAGAAGAUAAUGGCAGCAAGACUUCGAACGAAAAGCUUAUCAUAGAUGACUUAAAUCUCGCGAUUCGGACAGCACCAACCGGAUCCGGCUCCCACAUACGAGCACUCGUUGCGCGUGCUGUUUUGGUUAGCGAUAAACGGGGUGCAAGUAUUGCAGAAGCUAUGCAAUUUCUUGGUCCACUGGACAAACACGUUGGGAAGAAAACCUCAGCGCCCAACUUCAUAAAUACGAGUACAUCUAUGGCAAGCUUUCCUGAAGUAAAGCUUUCUCUUCGAUGCGCCAUGGCUAUCGCUCACAUCGAACGCUGCCCAGCGCCAUCGAUUCCUGAAAGGGCCUUACAUGUGAUCAACACGAUCUCACCCCGAAAUUUAACACUCCUUGGAUUCACUGCAACGUUCAAAUUAAUGGAGAAUAUCAACGGACACAGUCUAGUAGCUGCCAGCUGUACCAACUCUCUUGAAAGGCUUGCGGGUGGCCUCCGUAUUUGGGUUGGAGGUAAGGAAGGCGAGAAGAGUGGCUUACCUAUAACUACAAAGGUUGAGAUAGUAAAGCGCUGUCUAGCUAUCACCAAACGUAUUAUUGGUAUGCAGGACGCUGGAUAUGCUAGUAUGAGUGAGGAUGAUGAAGACGAGAAUCCUUGA